UCAUUCCCGCAUUAGUUCUGUUCUCUUUGUCAUCUACUGUCUCUUGGCUACUCGUACAUGUUCUCUUUGACCCAUUUGGACGACUUUCGGCGAUAGUGAUACCGCUUGCAAACUCCUAUCUUUGCGACUUUUCAAUUUUGACGAUCCACCUGGGGAGUAUCCCAAGUGACCCAGCUGGUGGUCCUGUAGUAUAAUCGAUCAACCACGGUCUGACCGUCUUGAGAGGACCGUGGGGGCUCUUGAGCUUUCCACAACAUGUCGGAGAAACCAGAGAAGGAUGCAAAUGAGAGCAUGGAUGGGAUCAUUGGCCUGGGUGAGAUUCAACAACAUGCCGAAGAGCUGGAAAAUCAAUUGCAUCAAGAGGACCAACCCGAGGCUGUUGGAUCAAUACAUGGCGAUGAGGGUGUAGAAGUGGAAGCUGGACAUGUCAUCGGUCCUGAGGAGGGCGACACGGAUGCUCAGAUAGGCCUCGAGAACAUGGUCGAGGAUAGCGAGGGGUUUGACCCAGAUACACUGGCGAACCUCGCUGCGUUAUCCAGGAUCGACGAAGUGACAGGAGAGGAGAUUGUAAACUACCUACGAUCGCAACCUGGUUUAUCGCCCUUGAUAGAUCAAGAUGAGGAGGAAGAAAGAGGAGGACAAGACAGAGACGAGACAUCAGCGGACGAUCAACAAAGUGGACAGGAUGACCCGCAGGCGGUAGGACAAGUCCAAGUCAAGAGAAAACGGAAACGAUCCGUAAAGUUCUCAGAAUCUGGAGACGGGACAGAGGGUAGUGAUGAUGGGGAAGAGGAACUACGGAAAGUCGAUCUCGAUGGAGAAGAUGGUGAUGGGGAUGGAGCGUUCAUGGAUCCAAAUGCGAUAGAAAUAUCCCGUGUAAUAGAUGUAUCAAACGUGGCGUUCCCGGCAUGUGCAGAAUGGAGGCACCAGUGUUACCGGAGAGAAAGAAGAAAGGCUCUCUGAAGGACAUUCCUAUAGAUCAAGAGCUUGGACUUCGGAUCCAAGCAUUGGAGUCACUCAUUCGAUCUGGAUCCUCUUUGGAUCCCGAUUCCGCCUCCACUGCGGCUAUGGAAACGAUCCUGCACGCCACUCGAGCCGCUAACUCUG